CAGCAAUUUUCUCCGCCACGACCACCUCUCCAACUCUCAAUUCGAAGGCGUUUAUUUAUUCACUCAUAUUCCUCUGGUGUCGAUAAGAUUUUGUAUUUCAUUAGUCAGCCUGUUUUUUUUUCAUCCAGAAAUCUAUAUGGAUCUCACACAGUCAUUAUUCUCGGUAUUGAUAGCACUAUGUGCCACGUUUCACCUGACUCACAGUUCAAAGAGUUCCUUCUGCAAAGGUCGACACCCUAAGCUUUGCCAUGUACAUAUCGGCAAAAGAACAUUCUUCUCGGACGACCGUGAUCUCAGUGUCCCUGCUAACAUCGACCCCCAGUCUCCCGCCGCCCGUCUUCUUGCCAUCGACCCCUCCACAAUAGAUCUCAGUGGUUACUUACCAGAAGAAAAUGCCCAACUCCGACAGUCACCACCAGAAUACUUGGCAAAUCAAGGUGAAGAUGUUGACAUUAUUGUGGACAGCCAUCCGCGAAAAAUGAGAAUCCUAAGGCUCAUCCAAGAGAUCAUGGAUAGCUCGCUGGAAGAACCUUGACCUAGUCAAUGCGCCGACCUUUCAACUUUCACCUUUCGAAAAAGUUCAUUAUCAUUUUUUUCUCCGGAAUCGGUAUUGCGUUUACAAUAUUCAAUUAUUUAAUCCCAAUUUCAAUUUUGUUCAAGCAUCUGAUUAAAGACAGUUCAUGAGAGCAACUGUAGACAACGAAAAAUGAGGACAGAGAAGCUUUUGAUAUUGGUUAAAAUUAUAGCGUUUGCUUAUAUAAUAUUUCGUAUUAUCAUACUUCUUAAGAUAUUCGAGAGCUAUUUUUUCAUGAAAAAAUGUAAUUUCAUUAGAAAACUUUUUUAAUUUUAGAAGAUUUCUAUACUUUUCGUAGUGUCCGGUCUGUGAGGAAAUAAAGUGUGUGCGGGAAGAUAUAGUAUGUCGUUUGUGUUGUCAUGAUAUAUAUAUUAUCAGAAAAUUGCGAGACAUUUUUUUUUUUAUCUCCAAGGAUCUUUAUUCAACAAAAGCGAUUGAUCCUAAAAAUUGGUAUCUGCACUGAUUUUGACCAGUUCUUAGAUUUUCAGAAAACCUGCCAAGGUUUGAUGACAAAUCCAUAUGAACAAAAUAUUGGCUUAGAUUCCUACAAAGUGGUUAUUCUCUUGAGUAUUUACUUGUAACAUUAAGUGCCAUGCUUGGUGCUUCACCAUUUAAUUGGACUUUGAUUAUGAUAGUAGUUUAACAGUCAUUCACGUGGUACGAAAAGACAUAAUCAAUUAUACCUCAUUAAAAACCAUUUAGUGCAUAUACCAGCCAGCAGUAAUGCUUCUGAGUUCUGAUGUAUAUCCAUAUUGUUGAAUACCAUACAACUUGCUCGUCAGAAAGUGAAUCCGUAGUAAAUAAAUUCAGUCUAAAAUUCUACCAUGAAUUGUAAUGAUUCUCGGUUGUGUAAGGAAUAAAUGCUUAAAUUUUAAUUUUCAACUCAUCUAUAUAACUUGUUACCAAUUCAAUCAUCUUGGUAUUCUUCGUCCUUUUGCUUAUAUUCCUCUAUUGCCAAAAUCUAAAAAGAAAUUAUUGAAUCUUCCAGUGAAAGAGAUUUGGUAUUAAGAGAAAGAACAGAUGAAUAUUUUACACCCUUCUUUUAAUCUUGAAUAUAUAUCAACUUCUGUUUGUCACUCAAUUUAAUUGUAUUUUAUAGUUACAUUGAUAAUAUGGUUUUAUACAUUCUUAAACCAAACCAACCUUUGUCCUCAUACCAUGGAAUAAACGAAUCAUAGUCAAAAUUGUUAUUAUACAAUUUAUGAGGAAAUGAUCUUCAAAUACAAUUAAGAUCAGUUAUAAUUUGGGUUUAAACCUCAAUAUAUAAGUGAAGCUUUUGAAUUAUGCAUGCUUAUUGUACUCAUUGUCUUCUUAAUUUAAAACCAUAAUUGGGUUGGAAGAAAAACUGACUUUAACAAGAUUAACCAUGGAUCAUGUGGAAGAAAUCAAAUGGAAGAAAGCCAUUUCAUAACAAUAGGUGUGCUACGUAGUCAGUGACGUCAUCCUAAUUCUACAAGUUUACUGACAAUAUUGUUCUGAUUUGUAUCAUGUGUUGUAAACAGAAUAUCAUAGCAUUUGCAUUUAAAACAAAAAUUAUGGUUUAAUCAGCAUCACGACUAGGUUAUAUAGCGCUAAUCAUGAUAUAAAGAACAAUUACUUCUUAUUAACCUGAAUAUAAGCAUCUUGCCGCAUAACUGCAACACUGGUAAUAUGUAUUGCUUUAACAUGUGUAGAAUCUCCCAUCAUAUAGAACGAAUAAAGAGCUGUAAAAAACAUUUUACCUGUACUGACUUCAUAAACAUAUAUGAAUGUUAUAUAAUCCUAAUGCUAUAGCGGUGAAUAUGGAAUCAUGUGCGAUUCCAGAUUAACAAAGCAACAAAACGGUGUCUGAUGUUCAUAAUUAUAUACGCUUCAACUAAAUUUAUAUCCAUCUCGUUUUUCUUGAUUUGAAUUUAUUGGGAUGUAAACAUCCGGUCUUCUAAGAUACAAGGAAAGUCGAACAGUUAUCUUUUUUUUUCAAAUCGUUCAUCUAUAGUUUCGUACAGACAUUUGUUGUUCUUUCUUCUAAAUUUGCUCCUUUUUUACACGAAUAAUCUGGCGUAACAAGAAACUUACAUUCAAUUACAGAUUAAGCGUAAAUGGGGUUGCAAAAAGUUAAAUUGCAAUUGGUCAAAGGCCUUUCGUUUGCUUCGAAAGUUUCCUGCACCACCUCGCGGGUAAUUCAUGCAGUAAAUAUUAAUGUGACUUUAAUGGACAAUAUAAAAAAAGACCAUCGAGUCAUUAUAGCUCGUCCAUGUGAAUAAUUCAAUGUAUCCCGUUCACAGUUUUGUAUUCCUUGAUUUUUUUUUUCCUUGUUGAAUCAAUGAUUAUUACUAAUAAUAAUGAUAGAAUAUUACAAAAGUAUAAAAAUGAUAAUAAGAUUGAUUUUAGUAGUAAUAAUACAGUUUAUAAUAAUGAUGAUAAAAAUUAUAAUGAUUAUAUUGAUAACAAUAUUAGAAAUAAGUACAGUAAUGAUGAUAAAAUGAUGAUAAUAUUGAUAAUGAAUAAUUCCCUUUCAUACUUCUGAUUGUCAAGAUUUUACAAACUUCGCCCAGAUUUCUGAGCCCAUGUAUAUCAUAAGGAUGCUUCACAGCAUAAUAUAUCGACCAUGUUUCCUAAAUGUUGAUUAUAACCUGAGUCUAUUGUAAACCAUAUACAACAUCUAACAUCUAGAAAUCAUUUUAAUAAUGUUACACGGUUCUGCAAUGCAAUGCUUUACUUCUGUAUUCCUUUUUUUUUUUUUUACAUAUAAUACAAAAUACCUCUACACUCGCUGAAGUUAAAUCGAAGAGAUCAUAAAUAAAUACUAUAAAUUUGUAUUGAAUUACUUUGAUCUGUAUUAUUCUAACUUCAUCGGCAAUAAAGUGAUAUUUGUAAUGAUUAUUAUAAAGGCGCUAUUUAAGUUGUAAACUUCUUUUUCACUCAUAAACGUUUAUUAUUUUCAUCCCUAAAUCUAUAUCUUAUCAAUAUAAUUGUACAACACUUAAUUAUUUAUUUGAUAGCUAUUGUUGUUUCUUUAUAAGCACAGUAGCUCCGUGCACGCACAGAAAAAUUUCCUGUACAGAUCAUUCAAAAUAUUUUUGUAAAAAUUCUCCAGUUGUAAUAUUGAAGAGGAUUUUCAAUCUGCAUUUAUCUAAAGUAUCUUAUUUACUGUUACUGAUGUAUUCAAUAGUAAAUCCCUAGUCUCGCUUGUAAAUAAUUCUGAGGAAAUCAUUGUUCGACUAAUUCUUGUGAGAUUUGAUUUUAUCGAGGUUAAUUGAAACUUGAAACUAUUGUUUCACUAUGCCAUUAUAUUCACUAAUGCACAUUACGACUAUACUUAAUUGAGAGUCAUACACUAAAAAAAGAUAUUGAGAUGAUAACAAACGACAAAUUGAGAAGUCGUAUUUUUUGUAAAAUAAUUGUAAUGGCCUUCCAAUAAAGAGAGCGCUCGUUAAUCCCUA